UUCCAACGUAACGUAACGAAAUAACGUAAAGGUAGUGGUAAUGCAAAGGUGAGAGAUAAGCGCAACGUCAUGGAAGAUAACGAGCCUAAUCGAUGGACAUAACCUUAAAAUCGGGUGUUUUAAAUCCCUCGCGCAUAGAUAACGUAAAUCGUCGAAAUUCGCUAUGGACAGCAUUGGAGAGGCGUGUAACGAACUGAAAAAGGACUACGAUGCUUGUUUCAAUACCUGGUUUUCUGAGCACUUUCUCAAAGGGCACACCAACGACUCCAUGUGUGCCCCGCUCUUUAAAGUGUACCAAGAAUGCGUUAAAAGAGCAAUGAAGGACCAACAAAUUGAUUUCCACGAAGUUGAGAAGAACUUACUGGGUACUGAACAGGAGAGGAAACCCCCACAAAAAAAUAGCUGACCCUGGUCGUCUUUCGUGUGCUCAUGGAUGUGUUCAAGCAUAAUCUCAAACCCAGCCAUUGUGAGUAGUCAGAACCAUCACCAAGUGCAAGAAAUGACUGAAGAUCCACAAUUUGAUGUGUAAUUUUAUUGCGUUGGCACAUAAAUGUUAAACGUGGUGUAUAUUUUAAUAAAAUUUAGAACGGUA